AUGGUGAAAGAACAAGAUGUCACGGUGAUGAAAGAAAUGCUGAUAACACACGAGAGUCAGGAAAAGAUUGACGAAAAGGAAGAUGAUAAAUCGAAAGGACAAUUGAAUGCGCAUGCCAACGAUGCUAGUGUAAGACGAACCAAGGCAAAUGAAAAACGAGUUAACCAACAGAUAGAAGUGUUGCGGGAUCCUGGCAUCUUUCAUCACACAACACAGCAAUUCGGGAAGGCCAACCAAGCUACUACAACU